CCGCCGGGUCCGCCGGGUCCGCCGGGUCCGCCGGGGCCGUGGUCUGCGCCAGGAGAGUUCGUGUUUCCAGCUUCGCGCUAAGAGGGGUGGGGGCCGUGGUGCAGAUGCUGGCAGUUCACAUCCCGUCGGUGGGGCCCGAGACUCAGGAGCCCAGGCAGAGCCCUGAAAAAGGCCACAUGGUGUUCCGAGUGGAGGUGCUGUGCUGCGGGCGCAGACACACGGUGCCGAGGCGCUACAGCGAGUUCCACGCGCUGCACAAGCGGAUCAAGAAACUGUACAAAGUGCCCGACUUUCCCUCCAAACGCCUGCCCAACUGGAGGACCAGAGGACUGGAGCAGCGGCGGCAGGGCUUGGAGGCUUAUAUCCAGGGCGUCCUGUACCUGAACCAGGAUGUGCCCAAAGAGCUGCUGGAAUUCCUGAGACUUCGGCACUUCCCUGCAGACCCCAAAGCCAGCAGCUGGAGCACCUCGGGGGAGUUCCUGCCUAGCAACAGCAGCUCACAGCUGUACCACCGGCCUGUCAUCAGCUUCUGCAUGGAUCCCUACAUCUGCAUCGCAUCCCCAGAGCCUCUGCCCAACAUGGUGGUGAAUGGCGUGCUCCAGGGCCUCUAUGACUUCAGCGCCAGCACAGCUGAGGUCCAGCCAGAGGCUCCCUGUCACUCUGCUUCUUUGCCACUGAUGGCCUGACCAGCCCAGAGGCCUUUGGGCCACCUCUCAGGACAGUCCUAUGCCUCAGCCCUGUGAGCCCCCUAGAAGGUAGUCGGCUGCGCUGGUAGCGCGGCUGGAGCAGGGACACGGAGGGUAGGGAAUAAAUGGAGUAGCCAAUUCAGAGGUAGGCUAUGAGAGGGUGCGGGUGCAUUUCUUCACCCCCACCAGAAGGUGGAGGAGGGGGCAAGCUACUUCCUUGAGGCACAGUAGCUGGCCAAGUUUAGAAGCAAGGA